AUGGAGAUGUACGAUGGGAGCAUGGACCUCCUCGAACACCUGGAGACCUUUAAAGCCCGCAUAACUCUGCAUGGUUUUCCAGUGGAGGUCGCUUGUAGGGCUUUCCUGUUAACUUUGAAGGGACCAAAAAGAGUAUGGUUUGGGUCCCUAACACUUGGAUCCAUAGAUAGCUUCGGGGAGUUGGCCCGCUUGUUCCUCACGCAAUUUAUGGCCAGCAGGAGGAGGAGUCACCCCGCGGCAUACCUUCUGACCAUCAAACAGGGGGAAGAUGAGAGCCUAAAGGCAUACCUAUCUAGGUUCAACAAGGAAUUAAUGACCACAGAUGACCAAGACAAAAAGAUAACCCUAGCAGCACUUUUAGUGGGAGUAUGGCCUCGGUCCCAGUUCAUGACAGAAUUGUCGAGGAGAACUCCUACCACGCUGUGA